AGCGAGUGAGAUGCAAACGAGCAGCAGAAGCAGAAACCUGCUCUCAUCCGUGGGGCUCACACACAGCGCGAUGGCAGUGGAUGCGAACCGAUAAAGACCGUCGAAGUUAUUUUCCCACUUCAAAUCUUGCACGAUUUGUGUCUUUGGGAGUUGAGGAGACACUGGAAAGUGUUCGCUGAGACGAGCCUCCCACCGCUCUACACUACUGCGAUCCGGACUCCAGGAAGAAGUUUUUUAAGCUAACGGACAGAAUGGCUGAGCCGGAGCUUCUGCUGGACUCCAAUAUUCGCCUCUGGGUGGUGCUGCCCAUUGUCUUCAUCACCUUUCUGGUUGGGGUGAUAAGGCAUUAUGUGUCCAUUCUUCUCCAGAGUGACAAGAAGUUGACCUUAGAGCAAGUGUCUGACAGUCAGGUUCUUAUACGGAGCAGAAUUCUCAGAGAAAACGGAAAAUACAUUCCCAAACAGUCCUUUUUGAUGAGGAAGUUCUACUUUAAUAAUCAAGAAGAUGGAUUUUUUAAGAAGACCAAAAGGAAGGUGGUUCCCCCGUCUCCAAUGACAGAUCCCAGCAUGCUGACGGACAUGAUGAAAGGCAAUGUCACCAACGUGCUUCCCAUGAUCCUCAUCGGGGGCUGGAUCAACUGGACGUUUUCUGGAUUUGUAACAACUAAGGUUCCCUUCCCUCUCACACUGCGCUUUAAACCCAUGCUGCAGCAAGGAAUAGAGCUGCUCUCUUUGGAUGCGUCUUGGGUGAGCUCCGCAUCUUGGUAUUUCUUGAACGUGUUUGGACUUCGAAGCAUGUACUCAUUAAUUUUAGGCCAGGAUAAUGGUGCAGAUCAGUCGAGGAUCAUGCAGGAGCAGAUGAGUGGUGCUGCCAUGGCCAUGCCUGCAGAUACAAAUAAAGCAUUUAAGGCUGAGUGGGAAGCGUUGGAGCUGACUGACCAUCAGUGGGCGCUGGAGAGUGUAGAGGAGGAUCUGAUGAGCAGAGAGCUGGACUUUGACGGCAUGUUUAGCAAGGAGCUGCCGAGCGGUAUCUUCUGAUGGCCUCAUCACUUCUAUUGGGAGCCUUUAAUUUCAAAAUGGAUCACUGAAGGGAUUUGUUUUUGUUUUACACCACAGAAAUGGUUACAAAUCCCUUCAUGUUAUGCAAAGUGAACUUUAACUCGUUGUCUUCUCACGUGUAUUUACCUUUCCAUUCCUGUCCGUAUAUUUCAAAUGACUUUAAAUACACUAGUUUUGCUGAUGCAUCUUGAGAAACAUUAUUUCAUGUAUGAGACCAGAAAUUAUUUGGGAGACAGAAACUAAGUGAUUUUUUUUGCUCAUUAAAAUGCAUUAUUGUUAGCUUGCACCUGUAUGCCAUCAUAAAAAUGCCAUUAGUUAACAGACUUUUUUUUCUUGUGUCAUACACAGCUAAACUAGCUGUUUCCAUUUUGAUAUGCAAUAUGUUUAAACCACUGGACACAAGCAUGUUACAUGUCUGAAUGUGGAUUAUUUGAUAAAGCAUUAACACUCUUUAAUCACUCCUUUAUUAGAUUAUAGAUGGAUCCCAGUAGAAACAAACAAUGCGUUUAGUUUUUGACUGAGAACAGAUGAAACUAUGUGUUUUUGGAGUAUGUAGACGGUUUUUUGUAUUGUAACCCCCUGUUUUGUACAGUAUAAAGUCUGUUUUGAUUAAAAUAUACUUUUUAUUUGUUGCAGUUUACAACAAAA